GCCAAAUAAAUGACUGCUCAUUUGUCCGCUCACCAAAACAAUCAUGAUAUCAAGAAACCGUUACAACCUAGCAAGAAUAUCGAGGUCCACUCAUGCUGCAUUCUCCACAAGGUCUUCCACCUCCGCAUCCGCAUUCGGAAGAACAAGAGCGAGCCUGUUAAGUGAAAUUAGCGGUACUAGCGGAUAUUUUCCAAACAACAGGCGUUUGGCUACAGUAGCAACUGCUCAAUCAUCCAAUCAAUCUACUCAGCCGGAAUCACAAACAUCUGAGAACACACCGCCAAAAACAGAACACGCGGUUAUAAGUACUUUCGAUCUCUUUUCUAUAGGUUUCGGUCCUAGUUCUUCACAUACAUGCGGUCCACUCAGAGCUGCACGGAUUUUUGUCAAUGACCUCGCAGACAAUGGUGUCUUAGAGCAAGCUCACUCAUUGAAAGUAACUCUCUACGGAUCCUUAGCGCUUACAGGGAAGGGUCACAUGACAGACAUGGCAAUCUGUUGGGGAUUAGAAGGCGUCGAUCCGGAAGAUACAUCGAUAGAUGCAUCAUCACUUCCAGGCUUGUUUGACACUAUAGUAAAAAACAAAAUGAUUAUUCUUAGAAAUGAAUCGGAAGAAAAGGAAGUUUACUUUGACGUCGAAAAAGACAUAAGCUGGCGUAUGAAUGAGGCACUCCCGAGACAUCCGAACGCAAUGCAAUUGUCAACUUUCAGUCAAUCUGGAGAUUUGUUAGCAACCAAUACAUUCUAUUCAAUAGGUGGUGGUUUUGUCGUACACGAUAAUACUGAAAUAACCGAGAAUGUGUUCUACAAAUCGAUAAAGAAAGAUGCUGUAGAUCCCGCACGUCGUAAUGUGCACCUCGUUGAAGAAGAGAACACAUCUGAUGUCGUAAAGCACAAAGAUGUUCCAUAUCCAUUUCACUCUGGCGAGGAACUCCUUAAUUUGUGUAAGAAACACAACUUAACAAUCGCACAAAUUGUCUACAAUAACGAACUGACGUGGUAUACUCCGGAAGAGAUUGACUCACGUUUGAGGAAUAUCUGGAAAACAAUGGAUGAGAGUAUUUUAGCUGGGAUAAGCGCAACGGAUGAAUACCUCCCUGGACCACUCAAAGUAAAAAAGCGCGCACGUAUGCUUUACGAUAGACUCCAAAGCGGACUUUACAAUCGUACUAGUAUUGGUAGCUCUUCUGACGCAGCUAUUGUUGGCGAUUGGUCACAUCCACUCAAGCCUAUCCCACCACGUCGUAACAAUGAAGUGAAAUCGAUCGAUUUCGUCAUGUGUUACGCUAUAGCUGUCAUGGAAGCAAACGCCUGUGCUUCUCGAUUAGUUACAUCUCCAACAAUGGGCAGUGCUGGUGUCUUACCAGCUGUUUUAAAAUACCACCUUGAAUUUCUCUCUCAUGAUCCUUCAAAUGACAUGAAGCAGUUUCUACUCACUGGUGCGGCUAUAGGAAUGCUAAUUCGUAGAGGUGCAACCAUCAGUGCUGCUGAAGGUGGAUGUAUGGCUGAGAUUGGUAGUGCAACAUCCAUGGCAGCGGCUGGUUUCACUGCCCUCAAUGGUGGAUCAACGAAGGAGAUCCUUCAAGCUGCUGAGUGUGGAAUUGAGCAUUUCCUCGGUGUUACAUGUGAUAUACCUCACGGUUUAGUACAAGUACCUUGUGUCGAGAGAAACUUCCUCGGUGCAAUCAAAGCUCUUUGUGCAGCUCAACUUAGUCUGAACACUCGCGGAGAACACGUAGUAUCUUUCGAUAUGUCACUUAAAGCAAUGCGUGAUACCGCAGCAUUAAUGAGCACCCAACUCAAAGAGACUUCACUCGCUGGAUUAGCCACAUCAGUUAAAAUUCCAGUAUCAGUUCCAGAAUGUUAACAACAACCGUUGAGUGUAUAAAUUAUUAUUAUUUCAUUUAAGAUUGUAAUUUUAAACAUUAAAUAACGAGAUUCCUACACACCAAGUUGGCUGACGUCCAAACCAAGGGCGUGGAGGAAUACAUUAACAUUACCGAUUUUCUUUGUAGCACUUUGUGGUGGUACCCAAGCUUGUUGAGCAGCUAUGACGUUCUCUUGAACAACAUCUCUGACUUCUUGUACGAGGGUUGAUUGUUGAAUGUUGUCACUAUUAAGUGCAAUCGCUGCAAGGAAACGCCAUACACUCUCAUCUUCACUGUCUAAUAAGAUACUUUCUUCGAGUGAUCCACUUGGCAUAGCUGCACCCAUUCCAAAUGCCCGAGCUGUCUUAUGACGUUGUGAUGGGAAUAAACUUGGAAGACAUGGUAACAAUUUGCUGAAGAAGAGUGAGAAUAUUUGAUCCCAUUGAGAAAUUUCUUCUGGAUUUGGUGCAUUUUCAAUUCCCAUUGGAAUUUGCUUCAAUAUCUCCGCUCUACUCAAUAAGAUAGUGAGGAAUGCUAAUCCUGGCUUUGAUUGUGCAACCUGUACAACAUCAUUACGCUCAACAAACAAUGCAAGCAUACCAGCAACUAAUCUCAAACUAACACCAGUAAUCAUAGACAUAAAUUGUGGAACGAUACCAGAUAAGAAAGCCUCAACGAGAUUGCUGUCCUGAUUAAAUCUAAGGUAUUGACUAAAGCAAGCAAUUAUGAGAGUAUUAAUAGUGAGCACUUGUUGUUGAUCUAAAUGGCGGAUGGCUCUUGGGAGUAACUUUGAUGUUUUUGUAAUCGCGAUUAAUGAAAUAAAUGGGUGUGGAUUUGACAACUCAAGUGGCUCCAUUACUCUGAGACCCUUCCACAAUUCAUCAACGUUAAAGUUGUACUCUUGCUCCCAUCGUGACAUUUCCUCGUAUGGUUGCUCUGGAUUUGGGUUCUCUUCCGUUGGUUGAAUUGGUUGGGGUUGGUUUCUACGUAAAUUCUCGAGGUUAAGGACAUAAUCGUAGAGUUUUUCAGAUGCAAUUAAACUUUGACGACGUGUAAGUGCAGGUUGUGGACCGUUCAACAGUGAGCUUGCGAAACCACCUUUCUCGAGUGACGAGAGGACAUCCUUAGCGGAUGCUUUUGUCGAUUCAUUCGAAGGUACUUGCAAGACCUGUCUUGGAGCUCUUGAGUUGGUCUUUGAGGAUGUCUUACCUAAUGCACCAACGAGGUAAUCUUCUUGACUUUGUUUAUUGGUGUUAUCCUCCUGUUUCUCUCUCUUGCUUCUGACAAUUUUGUCGAUCUGGUCGCGAAGCUUUUUGGCUGCACCAGCACCCAUUCCGGAUUGGUUUGAACCUGCUGCAACAGACAAUGCCAUACCUCCUACAUUCAAAACGCCUUGGUUUUUACGCAUGAGAAUUGAAUAUAUUUGGGCGUAGAAGUCGUCAGUGUAUGGGUCUGCGGUUGCUAAUGAGGAUAAUUGCAUUCUGAGAAUAUAAGAUUUAUCUGAAGGUGUCAUAAGGUGGUUGAAGUUACUCAUUGCAGAAAUCUUGAUUGCUUUUCUGCGUCUCUUCAAAUCUUGCAAUUCCUGGUCUCUAAUGAUCUUCUCCAUAGUUUCAGAGUGGUUAGUAGGGAUUGAUUCCAUUUGAGUUGGGAGUGCAGGGAAUACGACAUCUGGCUGCUGCAUUUGCUGCUGUUGAAGUUGCUGGAUGUGUUGCAUAUGAUGUAACUGCUGCAUUUGCUGUACCUGCUGCAUCUGCUGUACUGGCAUUGGUGGUGGCACGACAGCUGGUUGCGAGAUGUGGGUCCUAUCGAGAGACUGCUCUAAGCUAGGCUCUAAUGCGCUACUAAAAUCAAUCUGCGGAGAGUCCAAAAUGUCUGGUGUGUGCAUUUUUAGCGUAUCUGUGAAACUGACUGUUGGUAGUGCAUCAUCCUUCAUCCAGAGAUCCCUGAAGCUUGAAGAAGGCUUAUGGGUUAGAUUCCUAGAAGGAGUAUUGAAAAAGUCUGGUAAAUUGCUAGUGUC